AUUAUAUUCAGGUUUCUCAGUUCCUCUGCUAUAGCUUUUAUAUCCAAUCCAACAUUAACAAAACUCCUCCCAUAUUCUCUUUCUUUACUUCCAAAAACAUCUCUCCCUGCCCUUUCGUUCUCUCACUCAUCUCUUUUCUCUCCACACCCCUUCAAACAAUGCCUGCUGAUUCCGGCGAUAGGCGUCAGGUUGCAGUUCCAGGAACUAUGGCGUCCCACCCACCACCUAAGCUGACGGAGCCACUUCCAUGCCCUAGGUGCGACUCCACCAACACCAAGUUCUGCUACUACAACAACUACAACCUCUCUCAGCCUCGCUACUUCUGCAAGGCAUGCCGCCGUUACUGGACUCAAGGAGGAACUCUCCGUAACGUGCCGGUCGGUGGUGGGACCCGCAAGGCUUCCAAGCGCUCACGUUGUUCUUCUGGCUCUUCUCCUUCCGUUGCAGUUUCUUCUUCCUCGAGCGUGACGCAUGAAGCUGAGUCCGCUCCUAUGGUUGUUAACCCUACCCCCCUUAUGCCUGGACUCGGAAUUAAACCUGAGAUGGGUUUGGCCGACGUUAAUUUGAAUGAAACCGUGGACCUUCCUGUCAAUGGAGGCUUCACUUCGUUCUUGAACUCGCAGGGAGAAGGGUACUUGACGCUUGGUGGAUACGGAUUUGGAGCUGGUUCAGGGUUUGAUGGGGUUUGGGCUUAUCCUGGAAAUGGUUAUCUUGGUGGCUUUAGUGGCCGAGGUGGUGGUGAUGGGUCCGGUGGUGCCGUUGGCGGAAAUAAUACGGGGUGUAACACAUGGCAAGCAACAAGCGAUGUUGAGGGUGGCGGAGGAUUAAGUGAUGGGGAAUGCUUUGGUUGGCCAGGGCUUGCAAUUUCUGCACCAGGGAAAGGUUUGAAGUGAGGAAAAAGGAUUUAGCCAUUUCGAGUAAAAAAACAAAGGUGUCGAUUUUAACUGUUUGUUUUUGUGCCAUCCCGAUUGAAAAGUUUGCUGGUUAGUGGUGUUGUGGCUUUUAUAGAGAGGAACGAUUAUAAUAGAGUAGAUAAUAGACUGUUGAUCAAAGUGUGGCCUUGUUGUGGUGGGUAGUUGAUUCCUAUGUUCUUAGGGUUUCGUUUUUUGACGACUCUGUAAAUCUUUGAAGAAAUGAAUGCAUAAACCACAGUUUUUCAUUCA